AACAGCAUAAACAACGCAAGUGGUGAGAUUAAAUACUUUCAUGCUGCGUUCGAUAUUGAACACUUACCCUGUGAACAAAUCAAUGGAUGAGACGUUGAAGUUUCUAUCCCAGCUUUGCAUAUCCACUACUCUUAUCUAACACCUAACUUGUACCUUUUUUCGGGGGCUCCCUUGUUGCGGGCUUUCCACCUGGCUACCUAGGUGUAGUCUUGUCUUUAGCAUAUGUCCAUCUGAGGAGCUACCGCUAUUCAUCUCAAACCUCCACCCAUAGACCAUCAAAUACAAGAAAUCAAUGCAAGUACCAAGUUGCCGGAUGUCACUACCGAGGCCAAGGGAAAUGGUGUGUACCUAGGUAGGUAUAUCGCCUCCCAAAAAGGACCCCGAAAUUCGGGUUUGACAAUCAUUCGCCGGAUCGGAGGGGAUCACUAAUCGACCCUUUAACCUACCUAUCAUUCACAAAUUGUCUCAACUUGUGAAACGAUCUCUAGAAUCUACAUCCGUAGCUGCGUACCUAGGUACCUAACCAAAAGAUUAGACAAAUUCCAGGUUGCACAUGACUGUGUGGCUAGUGUACCGUUUCAGCCACAGAUCAGGUGAGGCUUGAAAGCAAGCGGGAUAUCGUUGUCGAAUCAUAUGCGAGGUUCCGCUCUGCUUGCACGUCAAUCACAACGUACUAUUGCUCCACUCUAUGGAGUACUAUUCCAUGCGUGAACAAUUUGAUAAACUCCCUAUGAACCUUUGAAUUUAUACAGAAUCAUACCGCCUGUUUUCCUGUCAAGAUGGAUCUCGCAUAUGAUCAUAUCCAAGAAGAAGCUCUCCAGCCCGAUCAGAACAAGGAGAAAUCAACAGAGCCUGCCCCAACGCUCAAUGCCGAUUUCCAAGAAGCAUAUAAAGCUAUCUCUUCUAGUCCUUGGGGUGCGAAAUUAGGUGGAUUCUUUGGAAGUGUCGUCAAACAGGGCGAGAAUGUCUAUAAAGAAGCGCAACAGGAAUUCAAUACUGUUAGUGAGGAAGCUACCAAGGGAUUCACCGACCUAAGAUCUUCGAUUAUUAGUCGCACACGAGGACUUACAAUUACACAAGCUCAAGAGGAUGAGAAAGCGGCAGCAGGAGGGUCUACAAGCAAAGAUGGAGAGUCGACCUCCAAAGAUCUUACGACAGAUGAGGCAUUAAAGGAAUCGGAAGGCGUUUUAGCAAGGUUGAAGACCGAGGCUGCGAAGAGACUAGUAGAGAUUCAAAAAGCGGAAGAUGCUGCAGAUGAAGCACUCCUAAAGUUUGGAACGAACAUUCGAAACUUUUUGAAAGAUGCUGUUAGCAUUGCACCACCUACCUCGAAUGCAGAUGGACAAGCCAAUGCCGUCCUGUUUGAAAGUAAGGAUUCUCAAGGGAAAAGAGUUAUCCAUACCACGAGAUUCGAUGCCCAACUUCACGUUAUUCAUUCUACACUUGAUAGCUUCACCACCGAUCCAAUCAGCGAGGAAUUCCAGCCAUGGGCUAAGACUUUCAGUGUUGACAAGAAGACGGAUGAUAUCGCUAAGGACUUGGAAAAAUAUGAAGAAUUGAGAAGCUCAAUGGAAAAACUUGUACCAGACAAGGUCAAAUAUGAGGAUUUCUUCAAGCGAUACUAUUUCCUUCGUCACAGUAUUGAAACAGCCGAAGCUAAGAGGAGAGAUUUACUUAAAGGCGCUGCAGCAACCGAACAAGAAGAAGACGUCAAAUGGACAUCCGACUCUGACGACGACUCAGAAGAGGAGGAUUCCGAUGACGACGAAUCUGAAGAUGAAGAUGAUAAAACUGCGAAGGUUAAGACAACUUCCGAUAGACCAGCUUCUGCCGAAUCCUCUACCACUUUACAUCCCGCAACACAAGAUAAGGAAAAGUCCACUGCUACAUCUCCGACUCCUACUCUCAAACCGACUGAACCAAGAAAAUCCAACGAUGAAAAAUCUCAAGCAGAUAGCGAUGGUAGUUAUGAUGUUGUGGGCGCGGCAUCGGGAGCCCCUAGUCGGGCUCCUAACAGUCCAAAGGAAAAGGCUGUGGGUGCAGGAGCAAAGAAGGAAGAGAGCGACGAUGACGACAGUGAGGAGGAGGACUGGGAAUAGAUGCUUCGAGUGUGUUAAGGGAAUUGAACAUAUCUUGAUGAUGACACAGGCGUUGUGGAUGAUUUGACACGAGGAGUUUUGGGAUUGGAUUUCUCUUUUUUUGUUGUGUUCUUAGCGACCUCUUUCAUUGAAAGAUGCAUUUCCGGUGCCUUUCUAUGCUAUUGCUAUUGCUAUUAUUGUACUUACAGAUAUCCGCAUUAGGUCGUCAGACUUGUAGGCAAUAGAUCAUACUUCUUCAUUGAUUGCCAAUUCUGAUAUGGCUUAUCUUGUACUUGGACAGUGUGUAUGUAUCAUCUGCAUGCAUAUGAAUCCUCGUUUAUUUCUUUAAUGGCAUUUGACUCGAUAGACUUGGAUUCUUGUGGGCUUUUGUCGAUGC